AUGACUUCAAUUUUACGUUCUAUAGUAUUGACAUGUGUGGUGCUAUGUUGUUGUUCAUGGCAGUUUCUGUCGGAAAAUCGAAAAACUCAUUGGGAGCUGAGGAAUGACCCUAAUUUUGGACCUUAUUAUGGACAACCUGAACAAAUUCAUCUUUCUUAUGGAGGUAACAAUAUUAAAGAUGAUUUACAUUUGUUUCACAGUAUCUUGUUUUAUAGCUUUGUUUUAUUCUUAUCGUAGUUUCUUUUGCUAUCUUGUAUAUGUUUUAGCGCUACGGUAGGUUAACUUAUCGCCAGUCUGGUCUUUUUAUUGGUAUAUAUCGUCCCUCCUUCUUCUCACUCUUAAAACCUUCAAUUGUUUUCAAAUUUCACUGUAUUAACAAGUAGUUUAAGGCACACCAGACAAGUUAUAUGUAACCUGGGUGACAUUUGAUGACACAAAGACGUCUGAAGUGGUUUAUGGUGAAAAUAUGGAUCUGAAAACGGUUUACAAGGCAAAGAUCACACGAUUUGUGGAUGGCGGAAAGAAGAAACGCGUGCGAUACAUUCAUCGUGCUGUGAUUAGUGGUAUUCAGCCUGGAGUACGAUGCUGUAAGCUUACAAGUUUUAUCAAAUGUAAUUUUUUUAAAAUUAAAAGGAUUUUAGGCCUAGAAAUAGACUUUAAGCCUAACAAAGCGAUUUUAAACAUAAAAAGAAAUUUUAAGCCUGAAAAACCAUUUUAUGUAAGCCUAAAAAUAGAUUUUAAGCCUAAAACUAAAUUUUAAGCCUAAAAAUAAAUUUAGAACUUAAAAACAAUUAUAAGCCUAAAAAUAGAUUUUAAACUCUGUAUUAUAGACUACCGAGUGGGUUCAGACUACGGCUGGAGCAGUAUCUACACGUUCGUAGGCUUGAAAGAACGUCAAGACGGGGGAUAUCGGAUAGCUUUGUAUGGUGAUAUGGGUAAUAUAAAUGCUCGAUCGUUAGGAAAAAUUCAGCGAUUAACUCAAAAUGGAGCUUUUGAUAUGAUUAUUCACAAUGGUACGUUACGUUUUGUAAAAAAAGUUCUUGCCAUUUUUAACUUUGUAAAGAAAGUUCUUGCCAUUUUUGUUUUGUAAAGAAAGUUUUUGCCAUUUUUUAGUUUGUAAAGAAAGUUUUUGCUAUUUUAUCUUUUUUUAAAGUACUUAUCUUCAGGUGAUUUUGCCUAUAACAUGUUUACCGAUGAAGGUACAUUUGGAGAUGAAUUUAUGCGCCAAGUCGAACCGGCCGCCUCGUAUGUCCCAUAUAUGACAAGUGUGGGUAAUCACGAGCAAGCCUACAAUUUUUCACAUUAUGUCCAACGAUUUACCAUGCCCAACACUGAUCACAACCUUUUUUACAGUUUUGAUUUGGGAAAAGUGCAUUUCGUCGCUAUUUCAACGGAAUUUUACUUCUACGGUAAACAGUACGGUAACCAGUCGAUUGAGACGCAAUUUAAUUGGUUGAUUGAGGAUUUAAAGGUAUGUACAGACGUAUAUUAUAAAUUAGUAGCAAGACCAUACUGCUUUAAGUAGAUAUUCCAUACUCUAUUAUGUUAGAGCAUGAUAGUGUAUGGUAUGUUAGGGUACAAUAAUAAAUUAAAACUUUGGUUUUAGAAAGCCCAGACGAACCGUAAAGAAAUACCAUGGAUAAUUGUGUUUGGCCACAGAUCAAUGUACUGUACUGAUCUACAGGGUGAUGAAUGUCGUCGAGAACAUGAGUAAGUAAAAUGGCAAGAAUUUUCUUUAAAAAACGAAAAAUGGCAAAAACUUUCUUUACAAAACAAAAAAUGCCAAGAACUUUCUUUACGAAACGAAAAAUGCCAAAAUCUUUCUUUACAUAGAACAGCAUAACUAUUUUUACAGUGUAAUUCGAGAAGGUGUUGACGAAAAGGGUAGUUACGGGCUAGAAAAACUCUUCUACGACAAUGGUGUAGACGUCUAUUUUGGCGCACAUGAACAUAAUUACGAACGAUUUUACCCAAUUUAUCAAUUUCAAGUUCUUAAUGGCACCAGUAGCCCUUAUACCAAUCCAAAGGCACCAGUACAUAUUGUUUCUGGUUCAGCCGGCUGUCAGGAAGGAAUCAACUCGUUUCCAAAAAACCCGGCUUAUUAUAGCGCUGCCAGAUUGGCUAACUAUGGUUUUAGUCAGUUUCAAGUCUAUAAUGACACUCACAUGUAUUUGGAACAGGUCUCAGCGUUUUCGGUAAAGUUACCAUAACAUUAUAUUAUGCUUGACAGAAAAAUUGUGUAAAACCUUAUUAAAGUUAAACUGUAUUGAAAAUAAGGUAUUUUCAUAAAUCUAUGACGGUGUUCUGUAUUUCAGGACAAAGUAGAAGACUCUGUAUGGAUAAUCAAGGAUUCACAUAAACCAUUCAACCAAUUUUAAAACCUGAAAUAUCAAAUAGCUGAAGACAAAAACUUUUAAUUGAUUUUGUUUGUACAUACAUUAUUAACAAUAGUAUAACAUUAUUUUUUACUAAUAAACUGAUUUCAUGUCGUUUUCAAUUAGAAAGACGGUUCACAUAUGUAUUAUGUAGGUCACGACACGAAACCUAUUAGAUGCUAAAAUAUUGGCUUAAUGCUUUUUUGAGAGAAAAAAUGUUAAAAACAAGAAAUCAGGAGAUGUCUUUGUUACACCAAUGUUUUGUUGAUUAAUAUAUUACUAUCAUACGCAAAUGUUGCGGAUAAAAUACUACUACGAUAUUCUGUGUCCAUAUUCAUGGCUUGGAUUUCAGGUAAUGUGCUUUUCUUUAUGUUUUUCUUUGUUUAGAGUGUUCUGAAAGGUUAAUAAGAUAAGUAAAAGAGUUAACUCAAAAGUUUAGUUGAUAGUAAGGAUGAAUAUUGAUUUGAUUUAGAUUUUGGCACAAAAAACGUCGACUUUAAGAGAGAUUGGAGACUGCAGCAUUGAUUACAUUCCUCAUAUGUGGCCUAAAGUGUAUAAAACUGUUGGUAAGUGGAUUUUUUUAAAUUCAAAAUUUGAAGCUGAUUAAGUUAAACGUUAGAUCUUUAAGAAUGUAAAUUUUUAUGAUUUACUUUCUUAUACUAGGUAUCUCUAUGGUUUUCUUUAAGCAAGUCACAUAACGUCCGAUAUAUCCAAAGCUCAAUAUAAUUACGUCCAGAAAGAUCUGAGGGACAUUUGUGAAUAUUAUGAUCUGCCUGUGGGCAAGUUUGAAGUAAGUUUUUUUUAUUUUUUCUUGUGUUCGAUGUUUAGGUGUCAUGCAGGGACGUAGUUUGGAGGAGGGGGGGAGGGGGGUACCCUCUCCCCAGAGCCGAUCCGAAAAAAAACUGCACAGGUAAGGUACCUGUACGCGAAAAAACGAAAAAGAAAAUUUUUGAAAAAUCGGUCCACAGGUCCCUCCCUACCUGUGGACGAAAAAUUUUUUUUCGACCUUCCCCUCCCCCAGAGAAAAUCCGUAGCGACGUCCCUGGUGUCAUGGAUAACACAUUUUAAAAAGAACUUGCGAAUGUGAUAUAAUAAAAUUCUGUAACGUUGAAAAUAUCAUUAAUAGGUUCAAAGAAAUCUAUACCAAUUUUUUAAAAUUUUCAUUUUAGAAAAUGUACACCUUGAAGAACAGAAGCAAUACUUGUAUUUGGUUUCUUAACUUGGUCAAAGAUGAACAUCCUGGGCUGCACAAGACGUUUAUGGAGAAGUUUUGGGAGCGAAUAUUUCUAGAAGAUAAGACGGUAAAUGGUACAAAUGAUAUACUGGAUGUAUGUAACCAGUUAAACCUUCCGUUCACUGUAUCACAACGACUUUGUAUGAGGACGGAAAGUCGGCCGAAUGUUCAAAGAAUCGUCAAGAACCGAGAAUAUCUGGAAGAAAUCAAAGCUAUUGGGUCUCCAUGGAUUGAAGUGAAGGUUAACAACAUGGAUCUCAGCUUUUAUGACGUUAUGCGAUUGGAAUUGAUAGAGGAAAUCUUCAAAGACCCAGCUUUAGUGCCCAAUAACGACAGAUUUGCUCGAAUUUCAGCGUUUUAG